UCCUCCAGCCUCAGCCUCCCCAAGUAGCUAUGGUUUGUUUUUGUGUUGAGGUUAAACCCAGGGCCUCGCAAUGCUUGGAAAGCACUCUAUGACUGUUGCACACAUAUAGCAGAGCCACAUGGCACCUCUGUACCAGAGGCUAAGCCAAGGCUUCCCACCUGGAUUAGUUCCCAGCACAGCCGGAAAGCUCCUCCUGAAAAGGGCUGGGGCCAAGAAUCUGUCACUAACCCAAUUUCAGCCAGUGAUUGGAUGAUGUUAGCUGUCAGUCACGAUGCAGAGGCGGGCCUGGAGGCCAUCCAUCAGGGUCGCUGGGGGGAACUGUCCAAUCAGUGCGCAGAGGAUGGGGAAGGCCGGGCUUCCGCAAUCUCGCGGGCUUUUCUUCCUCAGCUACUGGGCUACUCCUUCUCCAGGCCCCGAGUUCUCUGCUCCAGGGAUCCAGGCCAGCGACUCUGCGCAGCCUGUGUCCUCGGAGAUCUCGGGUGCCCGGAGGUUCCUCGAGAGGACGCCGGGUCACCACAGAAGACAAAAAUGAUCUCAGUGACCUUUGAGGAUGUGGCUGUGAACUUCAACCAGGAGGAGUGGGCUUUGCUGGAUUUUUCCCAGAAGAACCUUUACAGAGAUGUGAUGCUGGAAGUCCUCAGAUACCUGACUUCUAUAGGAAACAAAUGGGAAGACAAGACCAUUGAAGAUCAGAUCGAACAUUCUGGGAGCAUUCUAAGGCACAUCGCAUGUCACUCUGGACAUGAACCCUGCAAGCAUGAGGAAUGUGAAGAGAAGCCAUGUGAAUUGAAGCAUUACAGGAAAUCUGUGGUAACUCCCAAAAGCGUUCACACACAAAUUUUAACAGAAACUGGAGAUGGACCUUAUGAAAAUAGAGUAUGUGAGAAAGUCUUCAGCUGUCUCAGUACCAUUCAAAGGCAUGAAGUUACUCAUACUGGGUGGCAACCCUUUGAAUAUCAACAAUGUGGUGAAGCCUCAUCUUCUCCCACAGAUGUUCAAAGACACAUGAGAACACAGAGUGGAGGUAAAGCUGUUCAAUGUGAGGUAUGUGGGAAAGCCUUUCAUUUCUCCUCUUUAUUUAGAAGGCAUGAAAGAACUCAUUCUGGAGAGAAACUCUGUGAAUGUAAAGAAGGUGGUCGGACCUGUACUUCACUCACAAGUCUUCAAUGUCACAGGAUCACCCACACUGAAAAUGCACCUUUUAAAUGUAAGGUAUGUGGGAAAGACUUUGCUUAUCCCAGUUUAUUUAGAAUACAUCAGAGAACACAUGCUGGGGAGAAGCCCUAUGAAUGUAAGCAGUGUGGCAAAGCUUUCGCUAAGCCCUCUGCCCUUCUGUCACAUGAACGAACUCAUACUGGAGAGAAACCUUAUGAAUGUCAACAAUGUGAAAAGGCCUUUUCUACAUCCUCUUACGUUCAGAUACAUAAACAAAUUCAUACUGGAGGAAAGCCCUAUGAAUGUAAACAGUGUGGAAAAGCCUUUGUUACAUCCUCUCAGCUCCAUGUACAUAAAAGAACACAUACUGGAGAGAAGCCGUAUGAAUGUCAACAAUGUGGAAAGGCCUUUGCUAGGUCCUGUCACCUUCAGAUUCAUGGAAGAACGCAUACUGGAGAGAAGCCCUAUGAAUGUAAGCAGUGUGGGAAAGCCUUUGCUACAUCCAGUCACCUUCAAAGACAUGGAAGAACACAUACUGGAGAGAAGCCCUAUGAAUGUCAACAAUGUGGAAAAGCCUUUGCUACAUUCUCUUCCGUUCAGGUACAUGAACGUUUUCAUACUGGAGAGAAGCCCUAUGAGUGUAAGCAGUGUGGCAAAGCCUUUGCUACAUCUGGUUACCUUCAAAUUCAUAGAAGAACACAUACUGGAGAGAAGCCCUAUGAGUGUAAGCAGUGUGGCAAAGCCUUUGCUAGAUCCUGUUACCUUCAGAUUCAUAGAAGAACACAUACUGGAGAGAAGCCCUAUGAAUGUCAACAAUGUGGGAAAGCCUUUGCUACAUCCACUGAGCUUCACAUACAUGGGAGAACACAUACUGGAGAGAAGCCCUAUGAGUGUAAGCACUGCGGCAAAGCCUUUCCUACAUCCAGUUACCUUCAGAUUCAUAGAAGAACACAUACUGGAGAGAAGCCCUAUGAGUGUAAGCAGUGCAACAAAGCCUUUGCUACAUCCAGUAACCUUAAGAUUCAUGGAAGAACACAUACUGGAGAGAAGCCCUAUGAAUGUCAACAAUGUGGAAAAGCCUUUGCUACAUUCUCUUCCGUUCAGGUACAUGAACGUUUUCAUACUGGAGAGAAGCCAUAUGAGUGCAAACAGUGUAGAAAAGCUUUUGCUACAUCUGGUUACCUUCAAAUUCAUAGAAGAACACAUACUGGAGAGAAGCCCUAUGAGUGUAAGCAGUGUGGCAAAGCCUUUGCUAGAUCCUGUUACCUUCAGAUUCAUAGAAGAACACAUACUGGAGAGAAGCCCUAUGAAUGUCAACAAUGUGGGAAAGCCUUUGCUACAUCCACUGAGCUUCACAUACAUGGGAGAACACAUACUGGAGAGAAGCCCUAUGAAUACCCUUACAUUUGGUGCAUUGGCCGGGAACUGCGCAUCGCCAGACAAGGAGACCCCAACGGACUUCUUUAGGGGGUAAGUAAGGUGAUGCUUCUUCUUCUUCUGCUGUUGCUGCUGCUGCUGCUGCUGCUGCUGCUUCUUCUUCUUCUUCUUCUUCCUCUUCCUCUUCCUCUUCUUCCUCUUCUUCUUCCUCCUCUUCUGCCUCCUCUUCUUCCUCUUCUUCUCCUCCUUCUCCUUCUUUUCCUUCUUGUUUUUCCUUUGCAAUCGCUUAGAGCUUUUUGGUUUUUGGCUUGGUGGAGAGCGUAAGCUCUCAGAGCUUUUUGGUAAGGUUUGGUUUUUGGCUCAGUGGAGAGCAUGAGCUCUCAGAGCUUUUUUGUUCAGGUUCGGUUUCUCAGUUUGGGUUGGCAGAGUGGCUGCCAGUGGAGAGCGUGAGCUCCCCCUGGUGGUGGUGGACAGACGUGUCCUGAAGCCACAGGCCACGUCCUUGCAAGGGACGCCUUGGAGGACUCGGGGAGGGGCGGAUGGACCCUCAUUCGGUGAGAAGGGAUUCUGCUGCCAGCCCGUCAGGUCUUGCCGGCUACUUUUAUUCUCAGGUUGAGUUCACUGUCUGCCUUUAAUCUUUGCGUCUGAAUUUGUGUUAAACGUUUACUGUGUGUCCAUGUUUGUGUCACGUUUGUAUUGUCCCUGUCUCUGCCUGAGUAACUCCCAGUAUGGGACAAAGCCAUUCCACGCCUCUGUCCCUGAAGCCUUUCCUGGUCCCUGCCUCCACUCUGACCCCUUCCCCCAAGAUCCUAUCACUCAAUCCUUCUGCUCAUCCCCCUUUUCCCUCCAUUCUCCCUGAGUCACAAGAUUGUAGAUCUUGGGGUGUGAACAAACGGGAGCUGCAUGAUGAUCUUUGUGUGUCUUUUUGUCUGUGUCUCUGUUAAGUGUGAUGGCAUUGUUUUACUUUGGAUUGAUGCAGAGUCCCAAAUUCCAAACUGCCUUAGAUGUGUGGAAGUAACAUUAGCUAAAUUUUAACCUAAUGCUUCUCCUAUGAGGGACCAAAAGUCAAUAGAACUGCCAGCUUUUCUGUUCUCACCUUUUACACCUCUCUUAGAUGUGUUUUAAAGAACUUUGAUAAACUUUACCCCCCUUUGUUAAGCGAGAUUAGGGAAGCAGUGUUUUCUUUUCUUCCCGUAGUUGGCUUGAGCAUGCCCACUGCAGAGGGAAAUGCCUGGGGUCUAAAAACUUUGAUAUCUCACUUACACUUUUCUCAAACUUGAAACAACUGCAAGCAGAGGAUGAACUUUUUUGGGGAAGCUGACUACUGAAAAGUUAGGAGAUGUGAAAAAUACCUGGUGCCUGGGGUCAAACCAAACCCGCAAAACUAAUCCUGGAUGUAAAAGGUGGGGCUGAGAGGCUCCCAGCAGCUGCCAGAGCCAUUUUGCUCUGGGGAACUCCCUCAUUCCUUACCUGCACUUUAAGGAUUACUCCACCUCUGUUUACUUAACUAAAGGGACAAUGAAUGCAGUAAUGUGUUGAUAUUAUAGAUUGUUUCUUGGGGAUGAUCUUGACUGAAUGUGUAUCUAAAAGAUGAUUUUUUUUUAUUGUAACAAUCUGGUAUCUGAAUGGGUUUCUAAAGCAUUGCACUAUCUUGCAGUUAAAAGUUGGGUUUAAGCAAUUGUUUAGUUUGAUUUCAGAUAGUUCAUGCUGGAAAACUUAAAUACUUAGGAUAAAAAAAAAAUAAAAAGUUUCAAUUUUGAACUGGGUAGCCCGAGAAAAUUUCACUAGGUAUUCCAGUGCAUUAACCUGGGCAAGGAUAAUAAAUUAUGAUAUGAUAUCUGUUCCCCUCAGUGUGUAAGAUUCAGGAAAAAAAAAGGGGGGGGGUGGGGGUGCUAAAUUAAAACAUUGGUCUGGCUUAUUGAAAUGACAUUAAUUAGCAACAGUCUUGGGAAUUUUUAAAGCUUAAUUUUGGAUAUACAUGGUAGAACUUAGUACUACUUUACGACCUUCAGAACAAAGGAAGCAGCUUAAUGAUCCUGAGGGAAUUUCCUCUGAUGGUGGCCUUUAUAUUAUCAGAAAAAGAUCCUAUUUUCAGUUUUGUGUGAGUGAGUUUUACUAGUGUAGAAAGAUGUAAAGGUAUGAAAUUUUGAGAAUUGUAUCUUAAACUUGCAUCAUAAUUUUCAAGCUCCAAAUGUGGAAAUUGUGACUUAUGGCUAAAAUGCCUUAGGCAUGAGGUUUCUGCUCAGAAUUCCAGUCUUCCCAGUUCCUUCCAGACCUCAGCCAGGACUUAAGCUGAUAUGCAAAUAGAAGAAGCCUGGGGCUCAAUAGAGGACAGAUCUGAGAUUCAAGGAAAAAAAAAAGAGUAGAAGUGUCUUUUUACCUGAACUCAGAUUAGACCCCAACCAAAAAGUAAAUUAUAUGAUAUUUACUAAUUACUGGCCAGUCAUCUUUUUUUUUAGGACUCUUGCUUUUUCUUAGAUUCUGUAUUUUUUUGAGCUCAUGAUUUUGGUCCUACAGACCUAGGUUAAUGUUUUUCUGAUAAGUGGAGUUUUUGAAACAUUGCAAUGGAGAUUUCACCUGAAAAAGCUACAAGGGUGUUACACUUGUGUUAUGUGUUGUAUGUCGGUAUGUCUGUAUGUGUGUAUGUCCAUAUAUCCUGCAGUGAUAUGACAAUUGACAGAUGAGGAGCGCUCAUGAAAAAUUUAAAAAUAGAUCCAAAUAUCUUUGAUUCACAUGAUUCAAAUGAUUCAAUUUAAAUUGGGUAAACAGAUAAAAGUAAAUAUGUCUUUAAAAUUAAGCUCAUAAGUUUUUCUACGUGUUCAAAAAGACCCUAAUAAAAUGUUGAUGUCUAUGUAAUAAUCUGCCUAAAUUCAGAAAUUUACAGAUAUUGUUUCAAAAUGUGAACAGAAGGAGGUUAACAGAUGGAAAAGAGAAACUAAAAGGUUCUAGGUAUGGAUUUAAUAGAGGGAAAAUGUGUUUCUGGAUAAGAGAGUCUAUGUGAUUAAGUAAUUAAGAGGGUUUAAGUAAGUGAUAAAGAAGGUCUGUGUAAAUUGGUUAUGUGUGUUAGUUUUUGAGCAAGUAAUCUUAAAAGAAAUUAAAAAUUAUACAACUAUGGUUAAACAACAGCUGUUAUUUUUCAAUAUUGUAAUGUUGUUUAUUUAGAAAGCUAACCUUGGUUAAUAAAAAUCAUCAAUGUAAUUAUGGUGCUGUUAAUGUGUUCAUAUCUUCCAGGUAUACAAGUCUGUAAGGUAGAAGUUUCAAAAGAACAUUGUAUCAAGCUGGUGUUCUAAAGUUGUAUGGUAAUUUUAGGCUCAAAAGAAAAAACAUGUUGGAGAUUUAUUUAUAUCAUUUGUGUUCUACAACUGGACUUGUUAUCAAUAAGAUAUGUAAAGUUCUAUGUUACUUUCUACACUGAGAUACAAUUUAAAUGUAUUUUUAAGUUAAUGAGAGCCUAAUCUGUGUGAAGGUUUUAUUGCAAAACACAAAAGUACAUUACUACUUUUCUACAAGAGGUUAAAAUCUUUCAGCCUUUCUUUAAUUCAUGUUUUAGGUGUGAUAUUAUGUUGUGUUAGCUAAUAUUUAUGUAAACUUUGUAAAAUGAUCAGCUUCAGAACUAUAGUACUUGAGAUUUAUAAAGAGCCCUGCCUUACUUGAGAUAAGGCUCUGUCCCAUCUCACUACAUGUAAAAGUGACUAUGGAAGAAGUAAGCCAGAUUUCAGUACAGUUAAAGUUGUGUCCAAAAGUAGGUUUUUGCCAAGAUUACUAGGAUCUCAAACAGGGAAUUAUGAUAUAUAACCCUGCCAGAAUUCAAGGUAGCUAUUAUGUAAGCUAAAUAUGUUUUUACCCUAGUUAGUUUUGUUUUGUAGUUUGCUUAUAGAUGGUUUAAGGGUUGCCUGUUAAUGUUUUAAAGAGGUACUGCUUUAAGAACUCACAACCUGGGUCAACUUAAGAUAAGGAGUUAUCACCUACAGGAUAGAGAGACAUUAAAGCCCAGUGCUCUCAAUAUAAGGCUGUUAACUUAUUUGCUGGAUGUUUAAGAUCAAGUUUUUAAAAUUAGUUAAAUUAAAAGGGCCAAGAAAACCAAUAUUUGGCUCUUGCCCUCAGAGUCAGUCUGAAUCAGGGAAUAGGGGACUUCUCCAAAGGGCUCUGCAACUCUAGGCCACUCCUGAUCAGGGAGAUUAAUGAGACCAGUGGAGGACAGAAGGCCAAUCGGUGCAUUUGCUGUGAAGAGGAGGGUCAUCAGAAAGGGGAAACAUCCCUGAUGCUUCCAAGGGAAGCCACAUGGUCAAGCAAGGCCUGGACCUAUCCUAGCGCAAAUGGCACUAGCAGAACUGAGAAGCUGCUGUAAAUUCCCUGAGGACUCCCAGGGAAACUCAGCUGACUGUUAACAAAAGUCAGUUUGACUUGCUUCAUCUUAAACACUUAGCAAAGACAGUUAAAGCCAAAACACAGCUGUUCCUGGGCUGCCAGGGACUAGAAGGGAGUUCUUCUUCAAAGAAUAGCCUGACACUUACAAGAAACAGCCCCCUGGGAGACAUCCUGCCUGGGAGACACCCUGCAGCCAUCUAUCUCCCUGAGACAUCCUGCGGCCACCUAUCUUCCUGAAACAUCCUGCGGUUAUCUCACCUUGUGCAGACAUCCAGCAACUGCAGAUAAGAGAGCUUCCCCAUCCCCAGCGUACAAAUACCCCUGUGUGAACAAUAAAAGUUUGCAGCUUGAUCAGAACUCCUGUCUUGCUGUCAUCCUUCUGUGUCUCUUGUCCCUUCAUUCCUCCCCACCUAGGUUCAAGGCCCACAUUGAUGUGUCCUUCUGGUCGGGACAUUUGGCGCCCAGUGUGGGGCUCGAGCCUUUGACUGAGGGUGAACACGGUCUUCCGGGAAGACUUGGCCAAGCGGGAGCUCGCGAUCGCAUCGGCAGACACGACCGAGAGACAGAUCCAGGAGGUGAGUGACCCACCAUGGGACAAGCAGUUUCGUCACAUGAGUUGUUUUUGUCAGGCCUCAAGGAAGCCCUCAAGACACGGGGGGCACGUGUUAAGAAAAAGGACUUAAGAUUAUUCUUUUCAUACAUAGGAGAAUUGUGUCCAUGGUUUCCCCUUGAAGGGAUCAUUGAUGGUAAAAGAUGGCUUAGAGUUGGAGACUGUUUAAAAGAUUAUUAUGAAUCCUUUGGCCCAGAAAAGGUGCCUGUUCCCACCUUUUCUUACUGGAAACUAAUUAAUUAAAAAAAAAAAGCUUUAAAAAAAAGAGAUAUUUUUUGGCCUUUAUGUUCUAGAAGUUUGCACUAGGAGAGUGAGAAAAAGGGAGAGAAAAUGUGAUGUUUACCUAGAGAGAAAUAAGUUUCAAUUUUCUAUUGUUUUUGUCAAUACUCAGAAAGUAUGUACGGACCUUUUUACUACAUGGUUGUCCUAUGAAUCAGAAUGGCUAUAACUCAGCAGCUGGGGACAAGAGAUUUUAGCCGCUGCUGCUCGCUAUGGGGUCCUAGCCCCUGCGGCCAACAGUACUUUUAAUCCUUGAAUUACUUGACCUAAAUGCCAAACACAGACUAACUUAAGAUCUGAUGGUAAUGCCAGCGUUUGCUACUAAAAAACCUUUGGAGCACCCACGUGUCACAGAAAAAAGUGCAGGAUGUACACAAGCUGCAACCGCAGGUUGCAGAGACAGAACAAGCUGCUACCGCGGUAAGAUCUUGGCCAGGCGGGGGAAAAUGCAGACAAAAUCAAACAAAAUGCAAUUGGCUAGGAAAACUUGGGGAACUUUUGCCCCGAAAAUGGGCAGCGGACUCCAUGUUGUUUGCAUCACCAUGGUAACCAUGGGGUGACUGGCCGGAAGAGCAGGCUUCCUGGUCCCACCUUCCACACUUUCGUGGGCUUCCGAUUUGUUCUUCCACAGUCACUCAGACAGGACUUCUAGUCCCGCCUUCCAGCCACUAAUCUGUACUACUGUGUUUCAGAUUUCUACCGGAGCUGUUCAGAGCCUAUAUUUUUAGAAUGCCUACCUGUAAAUGCUAACGAAAGAUAUCUUUUUCAGACAAAAUUUAAUUCCACAGCUUUCUAUGUUGCAGCCCUAAAUUUAAGUUAGUUCUGAGUUAAAUAACCUGACUUUUCUCUAUAGUUGUGUUACUAAAUAAUGUUCUAUUGAUGAGAGAUAUCAAACAUGCUUCUUUAUAUUUUACUCUUAAUUUUGGAGGUUAUAAGGAUGCAUUUGCUCGCCACAGGAACAAAGCCGGCAAUGUUCCUGUGAUGAUCAAAAAAUCCUUAUUCUCAUUCCUAACUAUAAAAAAUAAAUAUGUAUACUCAACAAGGAUUUUAUUUCAGUUACAUCAAGUGAUGUCACAUAGAAGAGUGCACUCCUAGUUAAAAAUAAAUUAAAAUAGAUCCAAAUAUUUUAAGACCAUGUGGUUACAUAAAAUUAAUACAAUUUAAGUUAUGUUCUUAUUCUUAAUAUAUAUAUUUUAAGAUAUUUAGAUAACCUAUAUUUGUUAAUCUAUAAAAUAAUUAGCACAUGCCUAAUUAAUUAGUUAAUAUAUAUUUGCCUAAUUGUUUUUCUUCAACAGAAAACCCAUAAAUUAUGUUUUAUAUUUACAUUUAUCAGAUACUCUGCCUUUUCAGUUACAGAUAUUUGAGAUAAAUGUGCUUUUAAGUGAAAAUACAAUCUUCAAGUAGUUUCUAAUUGUCAAAGUUAUUGUUCAAACUCAUAAGAUGAUAAAUAAUUAUAAUUAUGUCUACAAAAUAUCUAAGGAUUUUAACUAUAUUUUCAUUGAUAUUUCUUAUCAAAGUACAAUAAUUUGUUUAUAGAUUCUAAGGUUUUCAGAAAUUGUUCCAAGUAUAACCAAAAAAAAAAAAAAAAUUUUUCUAAAAGAAAAAGAUGCUUCAACAAAGAAAAAGCACACAUGGAUCCUAAAAAGAAAAAAGAAAUCAUCUUUGGGUAAAACAAGGUCUUUAUAUUCAUAUUUCAAUGAUAAAAGUAUUUUCCUAAGUUUUACUUAGGGUUUUUUUUAUAUUGUUAUCUAAACAACAGAUUUUUAUAUUGUUAUCUAAACAAAUGAUGUAAAAAGUUAGAACGAUUAAAAAAAAAGAGAUUUAUAUAUACUAAACUGACUAUAAUUAAUUUAAGGGUAUUUCAGGCUAUUUUUCCUAGUUUAACUAUACUAAUGUGAGCUAAGAUUUUGUCCAUAUUUUGACAUGAUAAGCACCUAUUAAAAUGUAAGUUUAUUUCUUUAAAGAAAGAUCCUUAUUGCCUAAUAAUUCUUACUGUUUAAGACAAAGAUUAAUUUUGGUAAAUAAAUUCACAUUGUUGAUUAAACAUUUAAGUAUAUUGAACUACUAACUUAAAUCCGAUUUUAACAAUUGUCCUUAGAGACUAAAAUCAAUUGAUUCUAAGACACUGAGAUACUAAUUUUUACAUAUUUUGUUUGUUAGAUAAUCAUAAAAUUUAAAAAAAAAACACAACAUUUUAUUAAGACUAAGGUUCUCCAAAUUAAAGUUAUAUAUUAAUUUUAAACAAUAAAGCUUACAGACUUUAAAAAUUCAUUGUUAUUAUGUAAGUUCUCUGACUAGAUCUAUUGUCCAUAAAAAAUGCAGUAAGAUUUAUAUACUGCUCCCUACACAGGAAAUAACCUUAAUCAUAUUUUUUUAAAGGCAAUUAAGAGAUACCUAUUUAAAGGAUAAUAUUCUAAAAUAUAAAGAUUUUGGGAUCGCCUUAACCAUGCAUUAUUUGCCCUUAAUUUUCUUACCCUAGACAGUGAAGGCCAUUUGGCCGCAGACAGACAAUGGCAUCUGUUCACCCACCUGUUAUGUGGCGCGAUCCCCUUACAAAUAAAUGGAAAGGCCCAGAUCCUGUCCUCAUCUGGGAACGAGGCUCAGCUUCUGUUUUGGACCAAGAGCAAGCAGCCCCAAGAUGGUUACCAGAACACCUGGUUAAACAGGUUAAUGACUUACCUCAACCCAGGGAUGGAGGCCCUCCCCCUGAGGACAAAUUUUCCUCUUUUGCAGAUGCAGCCAACAAUCUGUGUGAGGAUCCUGCUUAAGGCACUUCUGCUGAACAGGUUUGUACACGGAGGCCUUGGCCCUCCACCUUCCAACAUCAUGGAGUACCUUUUUGGCCCCCCCUGCAAAUGCAAGGGAGGAUCUUGGACUCAGGCUCCCACUAGUUGGACCCAGACUGCUGACUGCUUGACUAAGGUGGCUUACCUCCGUGCCGAGGUUGACCAUCAGCCUAAAUGGGUAUGUGUUAACAAGCCAAAGAUUAUUUCCCCCAGUACAAGUAAAGCUCUCCAAAAUUGUUCUGCAACUUGCACGCAUACCCAGGCGAUGCAUGUCUCUUGUUAUGUGUCAGCCUCAAUUUGUGUUAACAAGCAGGGAGAACAAUUUUUUGAAGCCACUCUAACUAAAACUCAUGCAGCAGAGGGGACCACUAUUCACUAUACUCCCGUUCUCUUUGACCAGGGAGGAGAAGGCAUAUACACCAAGUUACAGUCAGCUGGAUGCCAAGGCACUGUCGGUAAACCCUCCUGCUGGCCCAUUAAGGCCCCUACAGGGGUCUCUGAUGGUGGAGGACCCACUGAUGCUGUCAAGCAUCUUCAGAUAAUCAAACUUUUGAAACCCCAAAUCCCUGAGCUCACAUAUCAUCCCUUAAUGCUGCCUAAAUCCCAGCUCCCAGAUUUAGAUACCAAUACAUUAGAUAUUUUGGAAACUACCUUCUCCUUGCUUAAUAAUUCCAACCCCACCCUUGCUGGUGAUUGCUGGCUCUGCAUGAAAACAGGGGCAAUCAUGCCUAUGGCAGUUCCUAUUAAUUCUAUUAUAGACAAUGAUAAUACAUGCCAAUCCGGAUUUCCUUUUAAAGUACAGCCUAUAGGCAUUUUUACAUCAUGUCUUUUAGGCGCGAUGCAGAAUAAUACCUAUGGUAUUGAUGUUGGAGUUACUUCCUUUGGAAAUUGCUCAACAGUAAACAAUUAUUCCUCACCCACCCCAUCUCUUUGUCCCCCCAAUGGCACAGUUUUUAUGUGUGGAGGAAACUCAGCCUUCCCCAGGCUUCCAACGUAUUGGACCGGUGGCUCUGUUCUUGCCUUAUUACUCCCUGAUAUAACUAUUGUCCCAGGAGAUGAACCUCUACCCAUUCCUAGCCUAGACACUUUAGUCAAAAGACACAGGCAGGCAAUACAGGCCUUACCACUCCUUGCCAGCCUUGGAAUAACAGCUGCUGUGGGCACAGGUACCGCUGGCUUAGGCACGGCUAUACACUCUUACCAUCGCCUAUCUCAAAAACUUAUAGAGGAUGUACAAACUCUAUCAGGAACCAUUAAAGAUUUACAGGACCAAAUAGACUCCCUGGCAGAAGUGGUCCUUCAAAACAGACGAGGCUUAGAUUUGCUGACAGCUAACCAGGGAGGUAUUUGCUUGGCCUUAGGGGAAAGAUGCUGCUUUUAUGCCAAUAAAUCAGGCAUAGUACGCACAAAAAUUAAGCAGCUUCAAGAAGAUUUAGAAAAGAGAUGAAGGGAACUAUUUGAAAAUCCCCUCUGGACUGGGCUUAAUGGAUUUCUACCCUACCUUCUUCCACUAUUAGGCCCUUUGUUGGAUUUACUUUUAAUGGUGUCCAUAGGACCCUGCAUUAUAAACAGGCUGGUACAAUUUAUUAAAGAACAGAUUAAUAUUUUGGCCUCUAAGCCCAUACAGGUUCACUAUCAUCAUCUGGAGAUGGAAGACCGUGCUGCCAACAUUUAAAAGGAUGUUCUACCCUUCUCACAGGCUUAUUUCUUAAGUUUACAUCCCCACAGAUGCCCCUUUCUUAAAAGUGUCUUUUUACCUGAACUCAAACAAGACCAAACCAAAAAGUAAAUUGUAUGGUAUAUAUACUUAUAUACUAAUUACUGGCCAGUCAUCUUUUUAGGACUCUUGCUUUUCUUAGAUUCUGUAUUUUUUUUAUCCUAUAGGCAAGUUAAUGUUUUCUGAUCAGUUUUAUUUUUGAUCAACUGUGGAGUUUUUAAACAUUGCAAUGGAGAUUUCACCUGAAAAAAAAAAAAACAGCUACAAGGCCUUGUGUAUGUGUUACAUUUGUGUUAUGUGUUGUAUGUCAGUAUGUCUAUAUGUGUAUAUGUCCAUAUAUCAUGCAGUUAUAUGACAAUUGGCAGAUAUACGAGGAGCGCUCAGAAAAAAAAAAAAAAAAAACAGAUCCAAAUAUCUUUGAUUCACGUGAUUCAAAUGGUUCAAUUUAAAUUGGGUAAACAGAUAAAAGUAAAGAUGUCUUUAAAAUUAAGCUUAUAAGUUUUUCUAGGUGUUCAAAAAUAAAACGUAAUAAAAUGUUGAUGUCUAUGAAAUAAUUGCUUAAAUUCAGAAAUUUACAAGUAUUGUUUCAAAAUGUGAAUAAAAAAGAAGGUUAACAGAUGGAAAAGAAAAACUAAAAAGUUCUAGAUAUGGAUUUAAUAGAGGGAAAAUGUGUUUCUGGAUAAAAAAGUCUAUAUGAUCAAGUUAACAAAAGGGUUUAAGUAAGUGAUAAAAAAGGUCUGUGUAAAUUGGUUAUAUGUGUAAGUUUUUGAACAAGUAAUCUUAAAGAAAUUAAAAAUUAUACAACUAUGGUUAUACAACAACUGUUAUUUUUCAAUAUUGUAAUGAUUAUUUCUUUAAGAGUUAAACUUGGUUAAUAUAAAAUCAUCAAUGUAAUUAUGGUGCUAUUAAUUCAUAUCUUCCAGGUAUACAAGUCUGUAAGGUAGAAGCUUCAAAAGAGCAUUAUAUCAAGCUGGUGUUCUGAAGUUGUAUGGUAAUUUUAGGCUUAAAAGAAAAACAUGUUGGAGAUUUAUUUAUAUCAUUUGUGUUCUAUAACUGGACUUGUUAUCAAUAAGAUAUGUAAAGUUCCAUGUUACUUCUACACUGAGAUACAAUUUAAAUGUAUUUUUAAGUUAAUGAGAGCCUAAUCUGUGUGAAGGUUUUAUUGUAAAACACAAAAGUACUUUGCUACUUUUCUAUAAAAGUUUAAAAGUUUUCAGCCUUUAAUUCAUGUUUCAGAUGUGAUAUUAUGUUGUGUUAGCUAAUAUUCAUGUAAACUUGAACAACAAUUUAUGUAAGCUUUGUAAAAUGAUGUCUAAAAAGCAAAGAUCAGCUUCAGAACUAUAGUACUUAAGAUUUACAAAGAGCCUGAGACUAUGAAAGAAGUAGGCCAGAUUUCAGUACAUUUAAAGUUAUGUCCAAAAGUUGGUUUUUGCCAAGAUUACUAGGAUCUCAAACAGGGGAUUAUAAUGUAUAACCCUGCCAAAAUUCGAGGUAGCUAUUAUAUAAACUAAAUAUGUUUUUACCCUAGUUAAUUUUAGUUUGUAGUUUGCUUAUAGGUGGUCUAAGGAUUGCUUGUUAAUGUUUUGCAGAGGUACUGAUUUAAGAACACACAACCUGGGUUAAUUUAAGAUAAGGGGUUAUCAUCUUCAGGAUAGAGAGAUAGACAUUAAAGCCCAGUACUUUUUAUAUAAGGCUAUUAAAACUUAUUUGCUGAAUGUUUAAGAUUAAGUUCUAAAAUUAAAGUUAAAUUAAAAGGGCCAAGAAAACCAAUAUUUGGCUCUUGCCCUCAGAGUCAGUCUGAGUCAGGGAAUAGGGGACUUCUCCAAAGAACUCUGCAACUCUAGGCCACAUAACCUCCUGAACAGGGAGAUUAAUGAGACCAAUGGAGGACAGAAAGCCAAUCAGUGCAUUUGCUGUGAAGAGGAGGGUCAUCAGAAAAGGGAGACAUCCCUGAUGCUUCCGAGGGAAGCCAUAUGGUCAAGCAAUGCCUGGACCCAUCCUAGCGCAAAUGGCACUAGCAGAACUGAAAAGCUGCUGUAAGUUCCCCGAGGACUCCCAGGGAAACUCAGCUGACUGUUAACAAUAGAUAGAAACAAAAGUCAGUUUGACUUGCUUCAUCUUAAACACUUAGCAAAGACAGUCAAAGCCAAAACACUACUAUUCCUGGGCAUUUUAAAUGAUAAUAAUAGUUAAAUGUAACUUCCAAGAAUAAGUAAACUGGAGGCUGCAAAAGAGAUUCUCAGACAGGAAUGCCUGAUAACCAUCAAAAGGGACUGCCAGAAUAGUUUUUAGUUUAAGGCCUUUAUUUCUAACCUACACAGGUAGGCCUAAUGUUUGCUAGUAUGGUUAUCCAGCCCUAAGUAACAGAAUUAAAGAUUUCUCUAUUAGACACAGGCUGAUAAGGUAUGGUCAAAUAUUUUAUAUAAGUAAGGGGGAGAUGCCAGGGACUAGAAGGGAGUUCUCCUUCAAAUAAUAGCCUGACACUUACAAGAAACAGCCCCCUGGGAGACAUCCUGCCUGGGAGACACCCUGCAGCCAUCUAUCUCCCUGAGACAUCCUGCAGCCACCUAUCUUCCUGAAACAUCCUGCGGUUAUCUCACCUUGUGCAGACAUCCAGCAACUGCAGAUAAGAGAGCUUCCCCAUCCCCAGCGUACAAAUACCCCUGUGUGAACAAUAAAAGUUUGCAGCUUGAUCAGAA